AUGUCUUGUGAUUCUCUAACUUUUGGAGGUAACGCAUUCCAACGUUUGCUGGCUAAAAAUGUAAAGGAUCGAUGUAAAAACUCCAGAUUAAAUGGAGGUAAAUCCAGCCUUGUGUUAAGCCCAAGUAAAUUGUACGGUACAUCCUUAAAAUUAAAAAAUUCACUGAUGUAAGGUGCCCGCCUCGUCGUACAAGCAUUUGAACAACAUAACUAAAGAUUGGAAUUGCCUACGUUGUAUUUUGGGGAGGUAGUCGUAUGACACAGACUUGAGAAUGGCCUAACAUAUUUCUUAAUAUAAAAUAGUUAGUCGUCUCUAUUUCGGUAGUCUCAGUAUUAUUACCUACUCCUAGCAAAAGCGGACUACAGUACUCUAGGUGCAUGAGAGAGAACAUAAGCCCUGUAGAGACGAACUAAUACGUCCUUAGAAAUGAACAUACGUAUUCUCCGCAGGGCCGAAGCCUUUGCGCAGGCCUUAUUCAGCUGUUCCUUUAUGUGCGCUUUAAAUGUUAAUUUACUGUCUAAGACCACUCUUAGGAUUUUAAGUGUAUCUUUCGUAUCACCAUUAGAAUCAUUAACAUGGAACUCUCACUCGUAUGAUUACGGCUCAACGGCUAUAGCUUGCAUUUUAGCGGCGUUCAUCUGAUGACACCCGUAUAUUGUAGACAUGGCCUAAGCCUAACAGAGCGGUGAAAAUGGUUGGUCGAUUUUACUACAUGCUGAUGCUUCGCGUCCCGGCCAAUGUUCGAUUUAAUAUAAACAAUUGCUUUUCUCAUGUUAGAAGACGCCUUCUUUAUCGUCACCGCCCCCACUGUAGAAGGAGGCUUUAGGAAUUCAACUCCAGGCUUUCAGACUGUUUGAUCACCGUUUUUAAGAGCAUACACAGUGGUUGCAUCUUUGGGCGAUGCCAAAAUUGAAAUGACCUUUCAGUAGCUCUGAGGCAAGGAAAAGAGCACAGGGCACACGUAUACAUAGAAAUAAAAAAAAAUGAGAUACACAUUCACACCCAGAAACUACUUUUCAGCGUGUGGAUUUAGGUCAAAUUUCUCCUCUGAAUUUGCUGCCGUUGCCUUUAAUUUCUGAUUUCAUUCGACGUGGUAUGGAUGAAAGUUUACUUAUACUGGCGCUGUGUUUAUUUACUUGAGCAAAGCAUUUGGUUCUGUUGAUCACAAUCUAUUCAUAAACAAGCUAGCAUCGUAACUAUGGACUUAGGAACACUGAACUAGAUUGUUUCCAAAGCUAUUUAUCUAAUCACAAGCAAGUUGUUAGCAUUGGCAAGAGACCUCUCAUUAUUGCUCAAUUACGUCUGGAGUCCCUCAAGGUUCAAUUUUAGGUCCCUUAUAAACAAACGAUCUCUCAAAGAUUUUAACUCAAUGUCAAAUAUUGAUGUAUGCUGAUGACACGGUUAUGUAUUUUAGCGCAACCGAUUCUCAAGCAAUAACUUACAUCUGUGACAUGUGUUUAUAUGACAUUUUAUAGCUAUAUUUAUUUGUACAUAAUGAUCAUUAUUAUUUCUAUUCCAUUUUAGUUUAUUAUAUAACGCCUCUAUGGUAGCAGUUUUUGAGAAUUACAAAAACUGAAGAGUCACUCUAUUGAAAUAAAGGUUUCUAUCCAUCUUAUUGACGCGGAUCUUCCCUUUCCCCGACUUCUGUUUCUAUUUUUAUUUAUUUACAUUCGAUUACAUAAUGUAUGGCUUGCUUAUGAGCCAUAACCCUAAUCAAUCUACACCGAUAACCUAUAAUGUAAAUUUGUGACCUAUGGAUUGUUCAACGAUAUCUUUUUGAUCUCACUGAUCUGAUGUCAUCGAUUCAUCACAAUCGUUUGUAAACCUACCAAGUCGGGCCCCAUAGUGCAGCGCUAAGUCCUUUUUAGUUUUUUAAAAACGCGAAAUUAAAACAUAACAAUAGUCGUUUACGAUAGCAUAAAGAAAGGUUUUACUCUCCACAUUAUUGCUGAUUAUUGAGACUGAAACUACUUAUUCAGCAGACCUCGCACACAUUUUUUACUUUUGUUUUAGCUGAUUUUACUUGAAAAGCUAAAAGAGACUUGCUAGAUUGAAGUGCUUGCCUGCUUGGAAAGACUAAAAUGCGCAUAACCCUAGUUGUCCCAGCUCUAAGAAUUGCUACGCUCUAGACUUGUCGCAUAAUGAUUGGUUACUAAAAAUCUUGUGACUACUGCUGGGUUGUAGUAAUUUUACUAAACUGGUGUACUUUACCUAUGACCAAAAAGACCCGCCAGGCCCCCCGUGCGAACGUCGGACGGUGGUCUAGAUUUAUAUUAAUACAAGUAUCAAUAUCCACUUUAGCUGAUGUUGGAGGUUGCGCAAAUUCGAUGACCUGACCGAGAUGCGAAGACGCCACUUUACUGACUCCAAAACGACAACUGAGAUGCUCCCCAGCGUAAAUAAUUUGGUCCUCUCUCAUUCAAAUUAACCUAUUAAAUCAAUGCAAGCUAAUUGCUUUUUCCUUUCCAGCAAGCAAACACCUACGACAACGCAUGACCACGGCCCUCAGGAAAGACGUGGUUGAUGGUCCUUCUUUCAGCCAAGACUUGUUUAAUAAUGAAGAAAUUGUGAAGAUUCGAGAUGCUGCUAUAAAGACGGAGUUUAUCAAAGGGAUGAUUUCGGGAACUCUGAACCCAAAUUAUUAUGGAGGCUAUAUGGUGCAAGAUGCUGCCUACUGCUUUGAUGCUGUGAAAGCGUUUGACGAGGCUGCUAGGAAGAUGGAAGAACAAGAAAUGUUUGAAUUUUCAGAGAUCUACUAGACUGUUCACAGUCCCCUAUUUUCUCGUGAGAUCGUUGAGAUAUAGCGCGUCUUUUAAUGACAGCCAUCUUGGUUUUCAAAUGUACCGAGGGGGCGGGCGUCGGGGAUUAUAGCUCUAGGGGGAGGUUCACAGUCCCCUAUUUUCUCGUGAGAUCGUUGAGAUAUAGCGCGUCUUUUAAUGACAGCCAUCUUGGUUUUCAAAUGUACCGAGGGGGCGGGCGUCGGGGAUUAUAGCUCUAGGGGGAGGUGGGCGAGAAAAAUAGAGGGACUGUAAUAACAUCACUGCAGUUUGCGUUCACGGAGCGCGUUGUACCAGCAACGCAGGCGUUUGAUUGGUCAUAAGACAAUAGAUGUUAAUUUGCGUUGACAACGGGUUUAGUUUAAGUUGCCGACACUGACAAGUCUUUGACAAGUCGUCGUUUCUAUAAAACGCACGCUUUCAUACCGUAAGGUACAACUUGCGCAAACACACGAACGAUUUUUGGUAUUUUGUGGAUGAAUCACGUAAGCCAACAUGCUUUGGAAGUAGCCCGGCCGCGGGAAUGUUGUAACACAGUUUCUGCCAAACGAACUGAAAUUUAACACAACGCCGACGCAAAAUAGAUGACCUGUCAGAAAUGCCUGGCUUUUUAUCGGGACGUUUUAACCAUUUUAGUCUAUGGUCAAGUGAGCAUGCUUAGCGAUUCGAUUAGGAAAAUGUUUCUCUUGUGCCUGUUUGCCGAUUUUAUUUGUAGGAAUGGCCUAGAAACAUUAUAAAAUCACUGUUUCGAAAGGAGGUAUUUGUAAACACGCGUAAUCGAUGCUAAAUGUGUCUGGCAUGUUUUUCAUCGCCAGCGGAGUUUCUUAAUUAAUGAAUGGUAAAAGGCGUGAAAUUCCUGUCACGCCUCCUGAACGCGAGCUGCAGUGAUGUUAUUACAGUCCCUCUAUUUUUCUCGCUUCCUCCCAAACCGCCCCCUGCUCCCUAAGUAGUUUUGACACUCAUGCCUGAUGCAGCCCGAAACGCAAAGCGCUCGAUCUCGACGAUCUUACGGAAAAAUAGAGGACUGUGAACAGUCUAGAGAUCUACCAGUCACAGUCAAUGAGUUUGAAGGAAUACAAUAAAGAAUUUGUUACGACCUGGCAUCUACAGAAUACCAAAAGCAUAGUUCUGGGUCCUGCAGCAAAGACCUACGUGGAAUAUGAGGGCAGAGUAAGCCGUGAUUAUCCCAAGUUCCUAGCCAUUGCCAUGCUACCGUGCCACAUGCUUUGGCCGUGGAUUGUCAAUCAGCUCAUUGAUUUUGUUGCCAAGUCGAAUCGGUACUACAAAGGCUGGUUUAAAGAAACCGAGACCGAGCCAAAUCACAAAGGUCACCUGGAGAAGUUUGUUGAUUCUCAUUUCGGCCCUAAGGAAAAGAAGAAGGCUCUUACUAUCUUCCGCGAUGGAAUGAUCAACGAGUUAAAUUUUUUUCGAGAUGCUUGUUUAGAAAAGCUUAUUUGA